AUGAUACGACAACCUACCACAGCUGUCCUUAGACUGUUGGCGGUGAUCACGUGGCUGAGCACCUGAUCGUGACGUAGCUCACCAACAUGGCGGACUGGAACAGAGGUCACGGCUCAGUUGACGACAUGCUGGAUGCUGAAAACAAACGGAUGGCUGAGAAUCUGGCCACCAAAGUCUCCAGACUCAAAUCUCUAGCAUAUGACAUCGACAGAGAGGCUGACGACCAGAACGAGUACCUAGACGGCAUGGACUCAAACUUCCUGAGUGCGACGGGCUUGUUAAGCGGCAGCGUGAAGCGUUUUUCCACCAUGGUCCGAUCUGGCAGAGACAACCGCCGCCUCCUCUGUUACGUUUCCAUGGGUCUGGUUCUGGUGUUCUUUCUUCUUUAUUACCUGGUGUCCCGGAUUCAGCGCUGAGACCAGACUGUUACCACCACACCAGACUCCAGUGAGCUCUGUAUCUCGAGCAAAGAAGACUUUUUUUUUUCAUUCAUCAGGACCAAAGAGAGAAACGUUAGAUGUCAACAGGAAGUACUAAUGUAGAGCAGGUGGUGUGGGCUCGCUCGAUGGGAGGAACGGUGGUGGAUCCUGUUAUGAAAACAGCUUCCCUCUGUGGAGAACCAGCUUUGACCUGCCCUGCAUCCCGAGAGAAGGAAGGAGAAACAUCUGGUUUUGGUACAACACAGCUGAGUCUCAGCUCCUGAUCACACACCAGUUCAAAUCAGAGCAUCUCUGAUGAAUCUUAGAUUUAUUCAAGUCUUUGGAGGUUAAGGGUUCUCUUUCAUGUUUCAUGUAUUUGCAUUGAAACUAUAAGUUAUGGAUUAUUGCAAUGCUUAUGUCAAUACGUCUCUGGCAUUAACAUUAAUGUUAAGAUCCUGUUUGGGGUUUAUAGAGAUGAUUUGGCCCUUUAUUCAUUCAAAUUUCAUUUCAAGUCAUCAAACGAUUGUGUAUUCCAGCAAGUUUUCUCAUCACAGAUGAAUGACAUUGAUUUAAAGACUGUUAUUAGGGUUGGUUGCAGACUUGGUGGUAUUGUACCUAUUAUGGGAUUUAUAUAAACAACGGAUCCAUUUGGUUGCAUUUUGAGUAAAGAAGGAAUAUAUUUAUUUUCACGACUGUGACUCAAAUAAUGAUUUUAUUUUAGUAACUGAAUAAAACAUUUUAAGAUGU